AUGUCGGAUUGGCGCGACCAGCCAUCAGCAGCAUCGUCCAGGUCACCGACUAGACCUGGACGUGCAGGUUCUCGGCGCGAUGGUAAGGCAUCAAAGCGAGAGCAGGUGGCAGCUGCAUGUUUUGAGUGUCGCUCGAAGAAGGUCAAGGUGAAUGAAGCACCCACACAUCAACCCACACACCAGCUCACGAUUUCAAGUGCGAUGCCCAGAGGCCCACCUGUGCUCGCUGCCAGGCACGAUCUCUCCUCUGUUUCUACGAUGUAG